ACCACUUUACUUCUCCACAACAACCUUCUCCCUUCUCUCUUCUUUCCCCCAUCCACCCCCAAGAAGCUUCUUCAUCUCCACACCCAAGCCCGCUCCCUCUAGUUCCCCGUCGCUCCCCUUUUAAUACCGCUGCUGUUGUCCGCCUCCCCUCUCUAUUCUCUCCCACCCAUUCCCCGGACAAACAGGUCUGCAACCAUCCCCUUAACCCAAGUCUCUUUUAAAAAACAUCACUUAGAAUGGCUGAAAUCAGACGCAAGUUGGUCAUCGUCGGUGACGGUGCAUGUGGCAAAACCUGUUUGUUGAUCGUCUUCUCCAAGGGCACUUUCCCUGAGGUCUAUGUCCCCACUGUUUUCGAGAACUACGUCGCCGAUGUCGAAGUCGAUGGAAAGCAUGUAGAGCUGGCCUUGUGGGAUACUGCAGGACAAGAAGAUUACGAUCGUCUACGUCCUCUCUCUUAUCCUGACUCGCACGUCAUCUUGAUUUGCUUUGCAAUCGACUCGCCCGAUUCCCUUGAUAACGUUCAGGAGAAGUGGAUUUCUGAGGUUCUUCACUUCUGUCAAGGUCUCCCCGUCAUCCUUGUUGGCUGCAAGAAAGAUCUUCGACAUGACCCGAAGACGGUUCAAGAACUCGCCAAGACUUCUCAGAAACCUGUGACCGAGGCCGAGGGCGAUGCCGUCAAGAAAGUUAUUCAUGCCGAUCGUUAUCUGGAGUGCUCGGCCAAGACCAAUGAGGGUGUUCGUGAGGUUUUUGAGCACGCUACUCGCUGUGCUCUACUGCAGAAGAAACCCAAGAAAUCAAAGUGCCUUGUGUUGUAGUUUUGGGAGUCUCUUUUUUUUUUUAGAUUGGUGGUAACGGUAGUUCCGGGUUUGGUGAUGGUGUUUUAAAUCAACGGUGUGGCAUGUGCUUUUUUCCCCUCCGUUUUCUC